UCAAGAGCGUGUAAAUGGGUGAAGGUAAACAAGUAAGUGACUUUUCUCUUUCGCGCCAAGAGAUCAGACGCGAUCCAGUGCUUCCACAGCAGUCCUGCUUUGGUCAAGGUAUCUCGAAGAUCAAAAUGAAUUAACACGUAUCGAGUGACAGAUAAAAUUAACGAAUAAUUUUUUUUUGCAAAUUAAUCUUUUAUUAUAUGUAUACAAAAAGAAUUUCGAAAUAUUUCGAACGUUAUAUUCCUUUAUUGUUAAGUAAUUUUUAUUUCUUUUAUAUAUAAUAUUAAUCAUAAAAACAAAAAUAAUAAUAAAGUGCGAAGGAAUAUGCCGCAUUUCUCGCAUCCUGAGGUUUUAACGGAAGCGAUAGAUGUGAAGAUCAUCACGUCUCUGCCCAAAGAAGAUGUGAAUUCACUUCCGCCUGGAAAGAUGGUCCUUAAAAUGCGGAAAGUCAACGUGGAAUCGUAUAUGCAUGGUAAAUCUUGCGGAUUUCAUUUGACCAAAUCGAAAUGGGAUCCGUAUCCAUGGGUCGGCUAUGUCGAAAAUAAUAGUCCUGCUGACUUAGCAGGAUUGAGAGCGGGCGAUUGUUUAUUAGGCAUUGAUGACACCGAUUUAUUAGGGCUAAAGAUCAAGGACAUCGCUACUUUAAUACGUAAUGAGGAAGGUGUGCGAGAUUUAAAUUUUUUCAUUUGGAGAUGCAUGCAUCAAAAAGAGGAGCAGAAUGAUAUUGGGCUAGCCCUAAAGGGUCCACUUCCGAAUGUAGCCAGAAAUCUUGCAAAUGCAUUAUCAGGAACAGUCCAUGCCUUGGAAUGCCCAAUUUGCUUGGAAAGCGCUGCGCCUCCAGUCUCGCAGUGUGUUCACGGCCACAUCCUGUGUGUUGUCUGCAGGCCGAAGACGACACGUUGUCCGAUCUGCAGAGUUCGGCUCGGCCAGGGCCGGUGUCUUCUCGCGGAUAAAUUGCAUAGAACACUUCGCGAUGCCUUUAAUAUAGAUAACGCCGAGACGACAAACAAAACGCCUGUCACGACCAGCCGUUGUAACUUACGUGAUCAAUUGUUCGGUAAAAGUAGCAAGAGGCAAGAGGAGACUCCAAUUGUGAACCGAUCGAAGAACAAUUGUGCUACACUGAAACCGAGACAAUUCUUAUUAGCCAGACUGCUGCUCGGGGGCAGAGAAAAGGCUGCUUCCGUGGACAAUCUAAUUCGCGUAUCUGAAAUGUCGGAAGAAACGGCGGCGAUUCCCGAUGGAGUGACGAAUGUCAAUAAUUUAUGCGUACGAUUAUCCCUGAAUGAUCGCACCAAGUCGGCCAGUACCGGCGAAUUGUCGAGGGACAGCAAAGCUCGCAAUGACGAUUCUUCUUCGCAAAUUGUCGAAUCGUCCGCGGCGAAUGUCAGUCAGCAAUCACUGAGUUUGCCCCAGACGCCGAUCUGGGGCGGCUCCACGGAUUCCGUGUUCUGCGUACAACUAACAUGUCCGCUUUUGCAAUCUUGCAGAGAAGUAGUGACGCCUGACUCGCUGCUGGAACACAUCAGAACUCACGCGGUGCCACAAGUCCAUUUUUAUUCUGGAAACGCAAGAAUCCCGCUUCCGCUUCCUUUUGGACGCCACGCUUUUUACAUAUUCCACCACGAAAACAAUAUGUUUUUCUUUCAGUACGGAGAGGAAAUGGCAUGGAUGACAUAUCCCGCCAAGAUGGCACAUUCAAGUACAUGGGAAUGGACAUUGCAUGCUUGGGAUGAUAAUGGUACAGAAGUACAAUUGCGGAGACACGUAGCGAGCCUCGAGGAUUCUGCGAUACUGUCUUCGCAGCAUAUUGCCCUACUGCCAAACGCAUUAUUGUUGAAGACCAUUGAAAUACAAAUAUCGGAAUAUGGAGCACACGACAGAUUGUACAUGUGAAGAGAGACACUAUCUGCUACAUUUUAACAAAUUUAUUAUUCGUAAUUAACGCAUAUUAAAUGCAUAUUAAAAGGAUUAAUCAAAAACCUAUUAUGAAAAAAGUAA